AUGAGUUCUGGUCCAUUUGGUGAUCGCACUCGAGCUGACCUCUCCAAUAAGCGCCUCAACGAUUGGUUAGAUGAAGAUGGCUUCACCAAGACACUUGUGGAUUUGCUGAAGACUCUUUCGUCGCUCCCAACUCAUCCUGCACGUCCUGACCUUUACUUGGAAGAGCUGUUAGGAAUAACACGAUGUCAAACCAAUAACGAAAUGUUGGCAGCAAUUAUGAAUAAAGCCAGGCAACAGCUUGUCGAAGAACUGGAGGAGAACAGAAGACUGAGUUUACGUUACGACCACUUGAACGAGUUGCUUUCAGAAGACAUUCGUGGUGAUGUAGACAAAGUAAUCCAGCAACUGAACAAGAGCAGUGAAAACCAUCAGUAA